UUUCGUUCUUGCCCAUAUAAUAGAGCCAAGAACAGGCGCUUGGGGUGUUUCACUGGGUCCUGCUCCUCUUCACGCCAAUAAUGUCUGACAAACCUAAGGUGUACCAGGGUGUGCGGGUGAAGACCACCGUUAAGGAGUUGCUUCAGAAGCGUAGGGCACUUCAGGCAGCAGAAUCCAGAAAAAAACAAGCUGUGACGACUCACGACGUCUGUUCUACACCAGUGACUGCAGGCCAGCUCGAUAUUCUCUGCGGGAGCUCGGCGCAGGAUGAUUAUUUUCAACCUCGACAGUUUGCAGAAAGCGUGCAUAUGGCUAUGGAGGACAUGUUUGAUGAUCAGCUGCUGAUGAACAUGAUCCCUGCAGAGAACUUCAGCUCCAGCGCUGCGGUGUGUGCGAGUGCUCCUGCACAGUGGCCGCACGUAUACUUCCCUUCAUGCACGGAAUAUUACACUAACAGCUUAGCUUCUAGUUCACCAACACACUCGUUCAGUCUUCCCAGUCUGGUCGAUUAUAACAGCUACACUCCGCCCGAGUCUCACUCCACUUCCUCGUCAUGCUACAACUCUCCGACACGCAUGGACAUGAGCUCCAGCUUUAUGCCAGAAAGUUACCACUACCAGCAUUGCACCCUGCAGCACUGUUUUUGCCUGUCUCACUGGCCCAAUCUGCAGGACGGCACCUUGGCCACAGACUACACGUCUCCUCACUACAGCACCUCAGACUGUUUUUACCAAGCUCUGGGAGAAGAAACUUACUGUAGAAGAGAUUCCUCCAGCUCAGAGCUGUGUUACUUAUAAGAGCACUUUGUCUAAGCAUUGUUUGUACAGCGCCAGAAAGCAUUUCAAUAUUUUAUUUUUGUUUUUGUUUUUUUUUUAUCAAAAAAUCAUAUUUUUGUUUUGAUCAAAAAACUGGUUAAGCAUCGCUUGGUAUAGUUAUUAUCUACAGGCUCUAGCAAAGGCAGCGUUAUCAAUUUCAUGGAACUUUUGUUGAAAUGCUGGUCAGUAUCGAUGACGAACAAAUUGUUCAUUUAUUUUUAUUUUUUGACAAUAAAAUACUAUUUUUUGUAAUCCCUUGAGGUUAUUUUUCACUUAACCGAUCUCACACAUAAUAGGCUACAAAUGUGCGAAAGAUGUAUUUGGGCAUGCUAGCCCAUUAUUC